CCCUACUUUUAGAGAGAGAGAGAGUAAGAUUCUUUGCUGUCGCUAGUCUUCCCGCUGCCAUCCUCGUCCGUUCUCCGGCUCCGCACUAGGUUAGUCCUCUUCGGCCUUGCUCUUCCAUGUCUUCCCAAUCCUCAGUCUUUCGUCGGUCCGCGUCCGAACGCGACGCCGAGGGUUCUGUCACAGGCUCCGCCCAGGAAAGCGACUCCCGCUUGGCCUCCGUUGAGGAGAUAGUCGAGGCGGUUGAGAUCCCUCUUCAGUCCGAGCCUCGCAACCAGAGGCGCACUGCCCUGGAGGACUCGGGGAUCCGAGCGCGGAAAUGCACCCUCACGGCUGAGGAAUUUCGCAAGGCGAAGCGCUUGGCCUCGGCGCCGGGUGUGACCGUGCGUCGUCCCACCCCCGAGCAGUCAGUCUUUUAUGCUCCUUUGGGUUUCUUCGCUAUCCACCUCAAAUCCCUCGAGUACGGGUUUCGUUUCCCCCUCCAUCAGUUGGUCAUAGACUUUUUCCAACAUUUCGAUCUUCUCCCUUGCCAAGUCGUGCCCAAAUCCCAUCGUUACUUGGCCAGGUUCCUUAUCCGUUGCCAAAGGACCGGGGUUCGCCCCGAUCUGGCUCGCUUCCUGUUGCUCUUCCGGUUGGCGAAGUCAUCUGGUCGGGCGAACUCCAACUCGGGUUCGUACGCCUCUAUCUUCCAGAGGCAGGAGAGGCUUUUCAAGACGAGGAAGGACUCCGCCAAGAGUUGGAAGGGGAAGUUCAUCUUUGUUUCUCUCUCCUCGGGCUCCCCUCUUCGUAAAGAGCCCCUCAGUUGCUUUCGACGCCGCUCCGCGUGUGUCACCUCGGACAAGAUGCUCGAAGUAGAGACGCUCUGCCAAGGGGGGCCCUUUGAAGUCGGCUCGGUGGUGAGGAAUGAGGCACUGGCGGCACUCGGCUUCGUCUUCCUAUCCCUGGAGGAUACCCAGAGGAGCAUCGAAGAAGGCCCCUCAGGUGAAAUCAUGCUUUCCAGCGCCGAGCGGAUGAAGCUCAUGUUCCCGGACGUUCCGAGCGGCAACUCCCAGGCUCCUCCCUCGGGCGGCCGUCCCCCGACUCCCCCCGUGAAGCCGACAUCCGAGACGACACAAUAUGUCAAGGCGGCCUUCCCCGCUCGGGUCUCCUUCCUAGACCGGGAUUACGACCCGGAGACCUUCCCGCGCAACUUUACUCCUCCAACCGAUCGUGCCAAGCUAAAAGAUGUUGACCGGGAGACUCUGGCCUCAGAUACCUUCCAUGAGCUGGGCUCGGCGAUGAUGCACAUGGUCGACAUGAGUCAGCGGCUGCGCGCCAGUGAGGACGACCGGAGUAGGGCUUAUGUUGAGAUAGCCGACCUCAAUGAGGCCUUGAAGGCGGCCAAGGAGCAGGCUCGCCAGGCCGAGGAGCGGGCUCAGCAACUCGCGGAGGAGGCUGCUCGCAAAGCGCGCCAGGAGGCUCGCGAUCAAGACUUUGCCGAGUUCCUAGCAUCGGAUGCAUUUCAGGAGGAAGCCUUCACUCGUAUGAAUGAUUUGCUCAAGGCAUGGGGGCAGACUCCCGAGGGUAAGGCAUUUGCUCGCUCCGAAGGAACGUCGUGGUACAACCUCGGUCUAUUCCGAGCGCAGCAGGUCCUCUCAGAUUGGUUCCUCGCCGGGGAGGACUUCCCCGAGCCAUGCGACAAUCCUGAUGAGCUCGACACUUCCAUCUACUACCCGAAUGGCGGGAACUCAGCCGGCGAGCAGCCGAGUGCCGAUGAGAUGCGAGGGGAGACGCUUUCCUUUGGUAGCUAUUCCCUCGGGGGCUCUUCUGCCAUACCGACCAAAUCUGGGCCGAGCUCGACCCCGCCGCAUUCUCUACGGGAUUCUUGGGACUCGGACUCUGAGUUCGAGUCGGUGCACCCCGAUCCUUCUGCCAAGAUCCCGGGGUUCAUCUACUAUUCGUCGGAGGACGAGAGGACCCCCUCUCCGUCGGCUCCGCCGGUCCGUCGUGAGGUCGUCGCCCCUCCGGUUCCUGUCGCCCGCGGUGGCCGAGGUCGCCGCCCUCCGGCUCUUCCCGCAGCGAUCCCAAGCGAGAGUUCCGUGGCAUCCCACCACCCGAGCCGUUGCUCCCUUGAAGACCCAGGCUCGCCCAGCUAUGACGAGUCCACCGGGCACUCUGUCACCAGUCGGGCUCCUUCACCUUCUUACCCCCCACCUUGUCUUUGCGAGCGGGGGUGGAAUUGUGGCAUGCACUGAAGUCUACCCGUACUUUAAUUGCAUGGUGUUUAAUUGUUGUAAGGCGUUUGUGCCAUGUAUUUGCCCGUUUUCCGGGAUGAAUAAAAUUUGGAUUUGAUU